AAACAAGCCCACCCCUUAACCUCAGCUUCUAUAAAGAGACCAGACCUGUAGCAUAUUCAUUCAUCUCUGUUUUCAUCCAAGGGGGGAAUUAUUUGCUGAGAACAUGGCUGAGAAGAAGAUGUCGCCAAGCCGCAAAAAUCAUCUCAAGAGUUUGCUUCUCCAAAUCGGUAAAGAAAUGCUGGAGGAGGAAGCUCGGGAAGCCGAGGAGGAAAAAAUGAAGUACAUGAGGGAGAACUGUCCCUCCCUCUGCAUUCCACAAUGCACACAGGAGAUUCAGGAGCUGUGUCGACAACUUCACAAGCAAAUCGAUUUGGUGGAUGAAGAACGAUAUGACAUGGAGAUGAAAGUCAAGAAAGCCAACAAAGAGAUCGAUGAUCUAAAGAUGAAGGUCCAGGAUCUUAAUGGCAGGUUUAAGAAGCCCACUCUGAGGAGAGUGAGGAUGUCAGCAGACGCAAUGCUGGCUGCCCUGCUGGGCUCCAAACAUAAAGUGUCCUUAGACCUGAGAGCCAACCUGAGGCAGGUGAAAAAGGAAGUGAAGGAGGAGGAGAAGCAGACAGGGGACUGGAGGAAGAACAUUGAAGAUAAAGCCGGGAUGGAUGGAAGGAAGAAAAUGUUUGAGGCAGAGGCUUAGAUCAAUUGAAGUUAUUCUAAACUUGUCAACAAAAUUGAAUGCAUUUUUAAUUUGAAUUGUGUCUGCUGUUCCUUGAUUUGCUAACUAAAGUAGUAAAAACAGCAAAUUUUAUAUGUCUUGU